UAAAAAGCAAGAAUGCGGUAACGGAUAUUUAUUUGGAGAUGAAAACCAUAUCCUCCGCACUAUAAAGAAAUCCACAUUUUCUGCGAAGAAGUGAAACUCUGUACAUCUAUCGUAUGCGCGUAUGGCUGGAAUUAAGCUUAUGCGGGCGGUUCAAUAUGAAGGUUAUGGAGGCGGUGCUGCUGCUCUGAAGCAUGUUGAAGUUGCAGUGCCCACUCCUAGUAAAGGUGAGGUUUUGCUAAAGAUGGACGCUACAAGCAUAAACCCAAUUGAUUGGAAAAUCCAAAAGGGCAUGCUACGCCCUCUUUUGCCCGGAAAAUUCCCUUACAUACCUGCAACUGAUAUAGCAGGAGAAGUAAUGGAGAUUGGGUCCGGUGUGAAGAAUUUCAAGGCUGGUGACAAAGUUGUGGCUAUGCUCAGUCAUUUUAAUGGAGGUGGUUUUGCAGAGUACGCUGUGGCCAAAGAGAGCCUAACUGCCUUAAGGCCUCCCGAGGUACAAGCUGCUGAAGCUGCGGGCCUUCCAGUUGCAGGCCUAACAGCCCACCAGGCCCUCGUGGAUGCAUCCGGGAUCAAGCUUGAUGGUAGCAGCAGCUGCCCAAGGAAGAAUGUCCUUGUGACUGCCGCCUCUGGUGGGGUGGGCCACUAUGCCGUCCAACUAGCGAAGCUGGGGAACACACACGUGACUGCCACAUGUGGGGCCCGAAACAUCGAGUUCGUGAAGAGUUUAGGGGCAGACGAGGUCAUUGACUAUAAAACCCCUGAAGGAGCAUCUCUCAAGAGCCCUUCGGGCAAAAAAUACGAUGCGGUCAUCCACUGUGCCACGGGCAUCCCGUGGUCGACUUUCGAGCCUAAUCUGAGUGAGAACGGGAAGGUGAUAGACUUAACCCCGGGCCCGAAAGCAAUGUGGACCUUUGCCGUCAAGAAACUCACAUUGUCAAAGAAGCAAUUGGUGCCGUUGCUUUUGUCCCCCAAAAGUGCCAACUUAGAGUAUCUUGUCGGGCUGGUUAAGGAGGGGAAGUUAAAAAGCUUCAUUGACUCGAAAUAUAGUUUGAGUAGUGCUGAAGAUGCUUGGGCUAAGAGCAUUGAAGGACAUGCUACUGGGAAAGUUGUUGUGGAGCCCUGAAAGAAUGAAGGGGGUCCACCGGCAGUGAACACAAUUACAGCUCUACAUGAUAUUAUUAUUAUUAUUAUUAUUAUUAUUAUUAUUAUUAUUAUUAUUAUUAUUAUUAUUAUUAUUAUUAUUAUUAUUAUUAUUAUUAUUAUUAUUAUUAUUAUUAUUAUUAUUAUUAUUAUUAUUAUUUAAUUGUUACUAGGAUAUGAGAUGAUAAUUAACUUAUGUGAUUGUGUACAUUGAUCUGAAUAAAGUAUUGUG